UCGCCGUCGUCGCCGUCGCGUAACCGCUGCGAACCCUCAUUUACGCGAGCGUGUCCGUCGCGACGCCUCGCCUGCUACGUUUCCUCCGGAGCGGCUCGCAUAGAUCGCGCGUGACGUUCUCGCGUAAAUUCGCAUCGCACUUGAUGUCGUUCGCAGCCGUCGCGCGCGACACGAGAGCGAGGCCGAUGCGAGACCGGUAAAAUCGCGCGAUUCGUAUCGUCGUUCUCGCCGCCACCGCUACCGCUACCGUCGCGGUAUGAAGACGCGGUGAAGUGAGCUGCGGAACAGAGCCAGCCGUCAGCCAGCGCGCGCGCGAGAGAGCGAGUGGUUCGUUUCGCGGAAGGAAAUCGGCCAUCUUGCUUUAGUGCGUGCUUAGACUCCGCAACGGACGGGCUCGCCUCCGUCGGCCACCCUUUUAACGGUCGUGCGUGUGCGGGCGGUGGCAGAGCGUCGGCAAGUAGCAGCAGCAAUUCGGUGGAUCGCCGAGUACAGCGGAGUCGCGCAUCAGUCGUGAAAGAGGCAGAGUGCGCGAACGAGCGAGAUCGUGUGUCGAUUUCCGAGCGGCGUAAUCGCGACAAUCCGGCGGGAUGGCGGGCAACGCGGGUAUGGAACAAUUGAUCCCGAUCGUGAACAAGCUGCAGGAUGCGUUCACGCAGCUUGGUGUGCAUAUGCAGCUCGAUCUGCCGCAGAUCGCGGUGGUGGGCGGCCAGAGUGCGGGCAAAAGCUCCGUCCUCGAGAACUUCGUCGGCAAAGACUUCUUACCCAGAGGUUCAGGCAUUGUAACAAGAAGACCUCUUAUCCUACAGCUGAUUAACAGCCCAACUGAAUUCGCAGAAUUUUUGCAUUGCAAAGGAAAAAAGUUUAUCGAUUUCGACGAGGUACGGAAAGAGAUUGAAGCUGAAACGGAUAGGGUUACUGGAAGUAAUAAGGGCAUCUCUAACAUACCAAUAAAUCUUAGAGUAUAUUCACCUAAUGUCUUGAACUUGACACUGAUUGAUUUACCUGGACUCACAAAAGUACCAAUUGGAGAUCAACCAGCAGAUAUAGAAGCCCAAAUUAAAGCUAUGAUCUUUCAAUUUAUCAAACGUGAGAAUUGUCUUAUAUUAGCUGUCACGCCAGCCAAUACAGAUUUAGCCAACAGCGAUGCUCUUAAACUCGCUAAGGAGGUAGAUGUACAAGGUGUGCGUACAAUUGGCGUCAUUACUAAAUUGGAUCUCAUGGAUGAUGGCACCGACGCGAGAGAUAUCUUGGAAAAUAAAUUAUUACCAUUGAGAAGAGGUUACAUCGGUGUCGUCAAUAGAAGUCAGAAAGACAUAGAAGGCCGAAAAGAUAUAAAAAAUGCUCUGGCAGCAGAACGGAAGUUUUUCCUCAGCCAUCCGUCUUACCGUCAUCUAGCAGACAGGUUGGGCACACCAUAUUUGCAGAGAAUUCUCAAUCAACAGUUAACAAACCAUAUCAGGGAUACCUUGCCGGCUUUAAGAGAUAGAUUACAGAAGCAGCAGCUAGCUUUAGAAAAGGAUGUUGAGCAGUACAAACAUUUCAGACCUGAUGAUCCCGCAAUCAAAACAAAGGCUAUGUUACAGAUGAUACAACAACUUCAGUCAGAUUUUGAGAGAACUAUAGAAGGUUCAGGUUCCGCACAAAUCAACACUAAUGAACUCAGUGGCGGCGCUAAAAUCAACAGACUCUUUCACGAGCGUUUCCCAUUCGAAAUUGUAAAGAUGGAGUUUGACGAGAAGGAACUCAGGAGAGAAAUCGCAUUUGCCAUCAGAAAUAUACAUGGUAUCAGAGUAGGAUUAUUCACUCCAGACAUGGCUUUUGAGGCAAUAGUCAAGAAACAAAUAAAUAGACUUAAAGAACCAAGUCUCAAAUGUGUAGACCUAGUCGUGCUAGAGCUUAGUAAUGUUGUACGCAUUUGUACAGAUAGGAUGUCGCGUUAUCCUAGACUAAGGGAAGAAACGGAACGUAUUAUAACGACACACAUCAGGCAGCGUGAUCAAAUGUGCAAGGAGCAGCUAAUCCUGUUGGUCGAUUGCGAGCUCGCGUACAUGAACACAAAUCAUGAAGAUUUUAUCGGUUUUGCGAACGCUGCAGCCAGUAGCCAUAAUGCAAGUGCACAACAGUCCUCGGAGAACGCAGUUAAGGCUGGUCGACAUACAUUAGGCAACCAAGUGAUUCGCAAGGGCUACAUGUGCAUACAUAAUCUCGGUAUCAUGAAAGGCGGAUCAAGAGAUUAUUGGUUCGUCUUAACGUCGGAGAGUAUCUCCUGGUUCAAGGAUGAAGAAGAACGCGAAAAGAAGUAUAUGCUGCCUUUGGACGGGUUGAAGUUACGUGAUCUGGAGCAGGGUUUCAUGUCGCGGCGUCAUUUGUUUGCGUUAUUCAAUCCGGAAGGAAGAAACGUGUAUAAGGAUUAUAAACAGCUGGAACUCAGUUGUGAAACUCAAGAUGAUGUUGACUCUUGGAAAGCUUCGUUCCUGAGGGCUGGUGUGUAUCCUGAAAAAUCAACAGAACAAGAGAAUGGCGAAGGAGAGGAUAAGCAGAGGGGUGGAACAGAGGGUCAGUCAUCGAUGGAUCCUCAGCUAGAACGUCAAGUGGAGACCAUCAGGAAUUUAGUGGAUUCCUACAUGAAGAUUGUCACGAAAACUACCCGUGAUCUGGUCCCAAAGACAAUUAUGCACCUUAUCAUUAACAAUGCUAAAGACUUUAUUAAUGGGGAGUUAUUGGCGCAUCUUUACGCAAGUGGCGAUCAGGCUUCCAUGAUGGAAGAGUCUCCUGAAGAGGCGCAAAAACGAGAAGAGAUGUUGCGCAUGUAUCACGCAUGUAAGGAAGCCCUUCGUAUCAUCGGCGAUGUCUCCAUGGCUACGGUCUCGACUCCAGUACCACCACCUGUGAAGAACGAUUGGCUAGCAUCCGGCGAGAAUCCAAGUCUUGGAUUAUCACCACCAUCUCCUGGUGGUCCAAGACGCGGAGUGACACAGCCACCACCUCUUUCUAGCUCACGAGCACCACCGCCAGUACCUGCAGGCGGCCGGCCGGCGCCAGCCAUUCCUAAUAGACCCGGUCCUGGUGGACCACCGCCAGCGCGAGCUAAUCCAGGCCUACCUCCACCUUUGAUACCAUCUCGAGGGGGUGGUCUGCAACAGAGGGUGACGCAAGCUGCGACGCAGGCUGCGACGCAAGCCGCUGUGAACGAGCUGAUGGAUGCGUUCAAGAUCAAGCGUCCUGUACCUAAUAUUCCUCCCCGAAUCCCCGACAGACCGUACUCCGGCCGACUAAACUGAGCUAGUCCGAGCGCGCGGCGCAACAACAACGACAACCAGUGCAGAAGACGCACCAGAGGUGUAUGCACCCGACACCUCAGGAAGAGGUUUUGUGCAGACCGAUAAUAGGCCAUGAAAGGAAUCGGAAGCUCAGCAGGACAAUAGAGUGAAACUAAAAGAAGAGAGAGAGAGAUCGUCUUCUGCGUUGAAGACCAAGAGUCUGCUCUCCGAAACGAACGUUUCAGAUCAAUCGUCGUCCGACCAAUCGAUCGACCGGUGUGUUGCUGUUCUCUGAUCUCAACGGCCUCUCAAUGUCGCGACUCCCGUCGUCAGCAUCGAGUUUGCCGGCAGAGACAAACACACGCGAGAGACGAAGAACCGGGACCGCUACAAAGAACAAAGGAGGUGGAGGAAAGAAGGCUGUGCUAUACGCGAAUAGCGAAGGAAAAGAGAAAGAGGGACCAAGAGAGACGAGUGUACGACGAAGGGGAAAAGAGAGAACGGCUCGCCCGGGACAUACGUAACGAGGCAGCCGAGGGAUCCCAUCAGUCACUUUUUCAACUACUUCUUUCUCUUAUAUAAUAUAGAGAGUUCGUCUUCUACCUUAUUUAUAUGGCUAGACGCGUUAGAUUACGUUGUAGCUUUUAAGUAUUAACACCUGGCUCGACGAGCGCGCCGAGUGUUUUUGUAAGAAGUACACAUUUCACUCGAGACAGUGAUCGAGAUCUUACGACGAGAUAAACGAGCUAGAUUUUCAUGAUUGUUGAUCGAUUUUGCCCGGCUGUUGCUAGUGAUUUUUAUGACUUGUUGAAUGUUGCGAUUGUAUCAGUAUUAUCGAACGAGUCAGUGGACAUAGAGAAUGAUAUGAACAAUACAACUUUUCGAGACGUCGAAGCUAUAAUAUUCCUGUGUAGCUCGGCUUCGUUAUAUAAUUUUGAUGUGUUAGAUUGACGCAUGAGCUUUGCCACGUAUUUGUCUAAAAAAUUUCAAACAUAGUUAACAGUUUAUAAGUAAUUUUUCAAGCAAAUUAAUCAAAAUUGUCAUCGUCGGUUUCGUUAUACUUUUGUCAUUCUGAAAGAAGUCAUAUAAUUAUUUUUUUUUGUUUGUAAAGAUAAAAUCACGAAUACGGAUUAAAGCGAAACGGUUGUAAGCUUUCAUACGAAUUAAACUGUUUUAUUUUCUUUCGAUUUUCAUUCUUAUUUUAUCGAACAGAGACAAAAUCAACAUUCACAAAACUGAAUGUUUACUGCAAACAAAAUUUGACAGAACAACAAAGGUUUUGCGUCAGUCUAACAUAAUUUCAAUCUAAUAGUUAUUAGUAGACUGUAACUAGAAAAAUGUCAAGAGAAUGAUUGAGACUUUCUCGAUUGCUUCGAAUGCAGCUUCGAUUUCUGUCUAGAAUAUUCAAGCUAUCUCGUUCUCCUUGUCGUAAGAUCCGCGCAUCCCGAAACUAUUGUAGAAAGGACUUUCUUUAGCGUACGAGGCGAAAAUGGGCAACCCGAUUACCUCGAUUGUAGAAGAACUAAUUAGAACGAAAGGACUAAGUCACAUCUCGUUGAAGACUCAGCGAAGAAGCAGAAGGUACGAUCAAAUACAGUAUCAGCAUUCCAGAACGUCGAAAUUUCGCAAUUGUGUAUGAUAUUACGCGGAUAUACAAAUCAUUGUGAUCAACGCGCUUGUUAUCGCAGUGAUGCGGCACAUCCUCAUCAUCCUAGCCAAUCGUUUCUUCUUUUUGGUACAAUAACGAUGCCAUUUCACGGAUUGACCGACCGUAUCGGACAACGAAGAUUGCGUAGACAGCUUAAUCGUCGAUGGUACAUAACAGAAAUGAAAAAGGAUUCAUAUUUAUUUUCGGACGAUCGUGCAGAAGUCGUUUAUCAUAGCUGCAUACGCGGCACGUGCGAUUUCUACGUAUCUUUUAUAUAGAGAUAUUUUUGCAUCGUUAGUGUUUAUUAACCCGCGCUGUCGCGUGGAUACAGCGGCGAUAACGCGUUACAAACGGAGGAACGACAAUUAAUCAUUCUCUAACGCGUGCGCCGCAUUAGCAGCGGAAGUAACAAAUUGUACAUAUGAGAUAUUACGAAUAUAGUAUUACGCGCAAACGUAUACGUGUGCUAAGGAGGAGAUGAAGAGGAAAAGGAGAAUGAAGAGGGGAGUCUUUUGUAUUACCAAACUUUACUAUACUAAUACGCUAAUAGCCAGUUAGCUAUGGUACUCGACACCGACUGACGAGGAAUGUACCUAGAACGUACGAUCAAUCAAAUAAAUGAUAUUUAAUACA